AUGAAUCAUAUUCUGAGAUCAGAAUCCCAUGGAUUCAUUAGAUUAUUUCUGUUUAUUGAUUUAGCAUCUUGGAUUCCAAUUGCAUCAAGAAAGCGAAGCUCAGUUUCGUCCGUUCAAAAACCAAUAGCACAUGAAAUGAAUCAUGAUUCUUCAGAUCAUCAAACACUCAAUAAUACUGAUCCAUCAAAAUAUACUAUACUUAGAUAUUCUACUCAUUUACAAAUAUUACAUCAACCAAAUAACUACGAUUCAUCUAAAUUAUAUUUCCAUGAUGCACAGAAUGUUUCAGAUUACACCUCAGUCAAUCCUGAAUGGACAAAUCAAUCAAUCUAA